ACCACUGAGAGAAAAUAGGCUCCGAACAGGUUGGAAAACAUGGUCUUCAACCUCUGUCUACCACACUUUUCUACAACGGCUCAUUGCAACAAGCUCUGUGCAGAUGGUUAUGAUGUUACAAACAUUGUGUCAGCUGACCCUGCUCUACGGAAACGAGGAUUCAAGCUGGAAUACUUCCUACGCCCCCCUUUACAUGUGACAUUGAAGUUUGGCUUCCCCGUGGAGCUUUGCCGCGUCGAUGUGGAGCUUUGGCCCUUGGGAAUGGACAGGGGCCAAGCCUGCAGGAGAUUGGAGAUCAGCACAAGUUCAGAUACACCAACUCUGUCAAGUCGUGUGCCCGUUCAUCGACAGGACCAGAGUAAAGGGCAAAAGAAGGAGCAGAACAUAACUAACAGGCAGAAGCAUCGACAUGUCAUUAGUAAUGGCCAUCAAUGGAGUGUUCAGGCCCAGCAGUGGGGGACAGAAGCUCAAGACAGGCCUCAGCACACAGACUUCCAAUCUCAGUUGAAUUCUGAAUCCAGCUGUUCUGAAUCGGAGUUCAAGCUGGUUGCUCGAUGUGAGCUCCGAGAGGAAACGCUAGUUUCAUUCAGCCACUCGAACUUUCGCGCCCGAGCUCCAUUCCUUUCCCCCGCUCCUCUACAGCCGGCAGCUUGUCGGCAGGAGAAGCUCUGGAGUCGAGGGCUGCCGUCGCUGGGUGCCGUGACACAGCUUCGUGUCGCUGUGCCGUUCAGCGGUGCAGCAUCUUCCCUUGGACUGAAGGCGCUGGCUGUGUGGGGGCAACCUGCUCGCUGCUGCCCCACGGAAGAAGUGGAGAGGAUUGAAAGAACCCACAAGGCUAAUGAAAGACGGAUGGAGCCUCCUGCGUUCUUUGCUCCUCCUGUCAGACAAACCAGACAAACACUCCAGGGCAACCUUAGCUCUGGCAGUAUUUCCAUCCCAGAUGAAUUCCUGGAUCCACUAACACAGGAAGUAAUGAUGCUUCCUAUGCUGCUUCCUAGCGGGAUGUCAGUAGAUACUUCAACACUGGAAGAAUACCAGAAGAGAGAGGCUACUUGGGGUCGGCAGCCAAACGACCCCUUCACCGGUGUCCCGUUCUCCUCCACCUGCCAGCCCUUGCCAAACCCUGAACUCAAAAGCCGAAUCGACCGCUUCCUCCUGGAGAAAGGGGUUGUAGGAAGGGAGGGGGCGCUGGGGGGACAGGACAAGGGGCAGAAUCCACAGGCUUCGAGACUUGUAACUUCCAAUGGUCAGAGACAUUCACAGAGUUCUCCUGGUUUUAUUAAGGCCCCAGUGAACACUAAGUCUACUCAAUUCAAAACUAAACUAGGAGGUACUAGUCAGACCUCUGCUGAGAUGGCAAAUACUGACUCAGGACCAUCAUCUACUAACAGGGAUGAAAAACCCAACACACACACACUUUCAAAGGAUAAUAAUUCUUUGUUAAAAAGAGCAAAGAAACGAGAUCGGAGUGAAAUUUCAGCAGGAGAUUCAACAACUGAAAAACAACUGCUUCCUCAAAGCAAAAAUCUAAGAAAUCAUUCAGGUAUAGAGCUUAACGUCAGUUCCCACGAGCAGCUUCUCUCAGCCAGCCUUGAUGAGGCCCUCUUCUCUGCCCUGCAGGGCCGACCUUCCUUUACUUCAAACCUGCUCCACCACGGAGAAAGUACAUCACAGUCAACAAUAUGCCAAAGUUCAGGCUUUACAAGCUCGUCUACAGAUGGAAAGGUGUGCUCUCAGUGUUCCAGCUCCGUCUCCAUUUACUCUCCAUCAGCGUCUUCUAUCUACCGGCUGAUAUGUGGCCACUUGCUGUGCCGCGCCUGUGUGCAGAAAGAGACUAAGCCAUUAAACUCUGCCAAUAUCUCCAGUCAUAUUUUAUGUCCAUCUUGUCAAAGUCCUACCCCACGCUGUAACAUUAUUCGUGUCCAUCACUGAUGAAAGAUUUAUUGUGCAACAACUGUUUUUUUCCCCCUGAUUAAUACUUGAAGAAAUAUACUUGUUGCUGUGAAUUCAUGUCUGCGGCUUAUUUAGCAGCAGUGUAUCUUAUUUUCAAGCUUUAAAAGUCCGUCAAAACUCUGACAUCACCCUCUGUGUCCUCCACUGAAGGAAAGAACAGCACGGAUCUUUUCAUUGAGAUCGUAUAAAAAUAAACAUAUGCAUAAAUUCUUGUCCUCUUCCACCCCCUCUACCUUUCUGUUGGACUCUAAUGGCGGUGAAGUCGCAGCCUUGGUGCCGUCAUCUUUGUACAGAUGGGUGGAGGCGUGGCUGCACGGAGGAUGGAAAAAGAAUGAGGGGCAGCAACACUUGAGGUUGAUGGUGAGAAAAAUUUUAAGAAUAGAGCUGAUCCAAGGCUGGGUGGUCUUUGUGGAUAAAGCUGAAAGGGUCACGAUCAGCUAAUCGUUUUAUGUUUUACUCACCUUGUCCUCAUGUCUGGCCCCUGUCUCAGUUUGCUUUUUAAAUGAAGGAAGAAGAUUUUAUGUAAAAAAGUCUUAGGAACCUAUAUGUUGGGUUAACUAGGAUAUAUAUUAUAAAGAGCUCUGUGAACCCACGAAAGGCAAAAAAAUUUAUUUGGAUGCGGAGAUGGUGGAAUGGUCUCCACUCAUUACUGACCUCAGCUCUACUGAACACUUAGAAUCAAUGGAUAAAAGCAAUAGUGAAUUAAAAAAUGCAGGUUUCACACAAAUGUUGAAUUAUUUAUAGGUAGGGGCAUUGUUUUGAUAAAGAAAUUAUCGACCAAAACCACAUUUCCAAAUGUGUUUAUUUGUGACACUGGUUGGAUCAGAGAAAACCCACAAUAAUUUUUUUUUUUUUAAGCAGUUUAAUGUUCUGUAAUUCUUCCCACCUGAAAAUGUCUGCACCUUUCUAAAAUAGUUUGACAUGAUAUUGACAAAAAAGAAAAAAGCAAUGGAGCUGCGGUGUACAAAAGUGUUAAUGUGAAGUUGUAGCUUGAACAUUUAUUUGUCUUCACAGUCAUAAACAGCAUCAUAUCUGUGUUGGUUUCCCUGACAACAUUAAGCAUAACCAAGGUCGUGAUCCUGUAUCCGCUCAGUUUAACUGGAAUCAGUAGUUCUGCAUCCGCAAUAAAGGCAUCAGCCUCACUGAUUCAGCUGGAGGCACAGAAAGUACCCAUAAAUAAAAAGGCUAAAUGAAA